AUGUACCGGGCACACGUUUUCAUACACAGCCAUUACACCAACACAGUUGCAUCACAUCACAUGCACCACAGUUCAUGUACAUUAAAAGCACAUGCAACAAGUUUUUCAUACAAUGCACAGUACACGGACCCAGUUUUUAACACAUGCACAUGUACACGGACCACAGUUGCAUACACAGCCAUGUCACGGGCACAAGUUGCUCCAUGCCAUUCACGGGCCACGUUUCAUCACUGCACAUGUCACGCACACCCAGUUGCAUACACUGCACAUGCACACACAGUUGCUGUACAUUUCAUGCCACAUAGUUGCAUUACAGUGCCACAUGCCAAAACCAUUGCAUGUACAUUGCAUGCACAUCCACACAGUUGCAUUACAUGUGCAUGCCGCACCAACCCUUGCAUUUGCCCCUGCCAUGCACCCUUUGGCACCCUACAGUUGCAUGCACAUGCCAUACAGUUGCUGCACAUGCACAAAAAAUUGCUACACAUGCACGCAACACAGUUCAUGCAAUGCCCAUGCCAACAGUUGCUGCACUCGCAUACAGAUACAGAACUAUAUUGCAUUAACACAGACCCAUCCUCCUUUAUAUUCAUUUGA